CUCAUCGAGUUAGAAAAGAUUGUGAAUCAUGUUUCUAUAGGGAAAAUGUACGGUUUAGCCGUAAAUUAAUUUAAAAGUUGGUUUAAGGCCCGCCUCUCGAAAAACGGUCACCCGGCCAUUUUUAGGGGGCGGAGCCUAACUGGGUAUGUUGGGAUUUUCCCGUUGUAGGGAGCCACAGCAAAUGCAUUACGCAUAGAAGUUUUCAUCUGUCAUACUUUUACAUCAAAGUCAUGUCAAACAAACAAAAGAAAUCAUAUUGUUAUUGUGCUGUGGAAUCGUGCAACAAUUCCUCCUUUGUAACACCAACUAAACAUUUUUUUACAGUGCCCAAAGGUGUAAAAAAUAAAAAAAAAAUAAAUUCUUGGCUUCAAGCUAUUGGGAAAGAUCCGAAACGCUUGUCUGUGAAAAGUAACUUUCGUGUGUGUCAGGAUUACUUUUCUAUUCCCGAAGCCAUUGAAAUUAUUGGAAGUACUGAUCAAAUGAAAUUGAAACCAGGGGUGGUUCAUCACAUAAAUUUGUGGUUUGAAAAUGCUGACACGUCUACAUCUGACAUCUCAUCUAUUCAUACAGAUAUAGAACAACAACCUGUCCAGGCUGCUUACAUAGAAGCUGAUUCUGGGUAUAAUCAUACAAUCUAUGUUACUGACAAUGUGCCACAUGAAGUUGAACCACAGCAUGAAGAGGAUGAUAACAUGACUCUUUGUGAAGAUGUACAUAUUCCAUCACAUCCACUAGGAGACAGUGAUCACAAAGAUGAUCACGUUACUAUCAAUCAAAAUAAUUCAGGACGAAAUAACAGCACCAUAGUAAAGUGUACUAUACAGAAAAUUGAGAACUUCACUGUUUGUAAGAAAACUAAAGUACGUACCAAUAAACAUCAGGUUUCGACAGCUGAUUUAGGUGUUAGCUGUGGAACGAGUCCCUUUAAAAUAGCGAUUAAAAAUCAAGCUUGUAGCCCUUUAAAGUGGAACGUAACCGAUGUCAAAUCUUUGACAAAUUCCACAGCUAAGAGAAAGCCGGUGUUUACAUUCGACACAAUAUCAUUACAUUCGUCAGUAGAUACAGAUUCUUCUUAUGAUUUUCCCAGUGAUGAUUUCAUUUUAAGCCAUAGUGACCAAAGUGACCUCUCCUCUGAUUUUAAACACAAAAGCUUGCUACGCUGCAGGGAGUUGAUGUCGUUAUAUCCCAGAAUGUACUUAGUUGACAAAGAAUGGAUUUCCAUUCUUUCACUGAUUUCCAAUAAGAUUAAUGUACGCAAAAGCUCCAAUCUUACCCCCACUGAUGUAAUUUAUUUGCGGUUUUGUAAGAUGAGGUUAAACGAAUCGUUCAGAAUUUUGGAACACGAGUUCGGAACUCAUUAUUUGGCCUUCAAUUGA